AUGAACCUCAACCUGUCGGCUUCGGUCAACGUCUUCCGGCUGCUGGCCCGGCCGUCGCUGUGCAUGCCGCAGGCAGUCGUGCCAACGUUUGGCGACCUGCCCAUCCCGCUGGAUGGGGCGUUCAGUCGCGCGCAGCGACCAUCUGACGGUGCCCGCCCCGACAUCCGCGCCGUCGUGCUCGACAAGGACGACUGCUUUGCCGAGCCGGACAGCAGCGCCGUGCUGCCGGCGUACCGCGACCAUUUUGCCCGGCUGCGCAAGGCGUAUCCGGGACGGCGGCUACUGAUCGUGUCCAACACGGCCGGCGCGCUCUCGUACGACGGCGACGGCGCGCUGGCGGCCGCCGUCGAGCGCGACACCGGCGUGGCCGUGCUGCCUCACCGCACCAAAAAGCCCGGCUGCGGCGACGAGAUCCUGGCGUACUUUCGACAGCACCCCGAGACGGGCGUGACGGACGCCAGCCAGAUCGCCGUCGUCGGCGACCGCCUCACCACCGACGUGAUGCUGGCCAACCUGAUGGGCGGCUGGGCCGUCUGGGUGCGCGACGGCGUCGUGCCGCUGGCCGAGAAGAGCAUUCUACACAACGUCCCCAUCACGAGAGCAGCUCGUCACUGCUCGGCAAACAACAACGGUGUUACGACAAGGCCGGUCUGCAUCUGCAUCAUGGGCGGCAAGGUCUGGUCUGACGAAGAGGAACGAGUCUUCUGGUCCGAGAUCGUGCCCACGUCCAGCAAGCGACACCUGUUGGCGAAACCCUACACCGACGAUGCCAAGGGUUGGGAGUCGUUGCGCAAGGUGAUGCAGGCCAGCAUGGGUCGGCGAGCCCGCCGCAAAUACACGGCCCUUAUGCUCUAUGAGCACUAUUUCCAGAACUCUGUGCUCGAGCGAUUCUCGCCUAAUGCGGCCAGAUAUGUCCGAGACUAUAUCAGAAACGAGCGAUCCUCCACCGGUCAGGCUCCGAGUGAACGCAGCCGCUCGGUCAUGCGCUUCGUUCAACGUGGAAGCGGCAGUGGCCGACGUCCAAAGAACGCACACGCGUCCCAAAGUCAGGACCUGGAUCAGCAAGACGAGAAUCAAGCCCAUCGUCAGAACCGACCACAGCAAAAUUCCAGUCGCAGCACCCGGACGCUAUCAUCACCAGUGCCACGACAGCUGCAGCUGCAGUUUCCGCUACCUUUACCAUCGUCGCCGAUGCCACCACCUCCGCCCCCUCCAGCUCCUGUCCGGUUGCCCCCUCUGUCUGCCAUGGAGUUGCCUCUGUAUGUCUGCACCGAGGAGUCGGCUCUCUGUGAGCCGGACUAUGACUUCAACUUUCACUACAAGCAACCUACGUAUGAGAUGCCGCCCUUUGUGCCGCCCUCGACGUACCAACCGCCAGACAACAAAGCUGCCGUGUUUACGGCUCCGAUCUACACAGCUACAGCCUAUGCGGGUGCAAUUCACGACGGUCCUGUCUACAGAGCUCCAGUCUCCCGGGCUCCUGUCCACGGUGUUCCCACUUACAAGGUUCCUUCCCACCAGACCCCGAUCUCCCGGGGUCCCACGCCGGCCGACGAUUCUCUGUUUGUGAAGCAGGAGGUGCCUGUGCCAGAGCCAGAAGACUUCAAGGUCCCUGUGCAUCGCUGCGAGGAGUUGCACCGCCAAGAUCAGAUGCGCUGGCACGGGGAGCUGCAUCGUCGUGAGAGGCUGCAGUACCACGAUGAGCUGCAGCGCAGCAAGAUGGUUUCUGGAGAGUGGUAUGAGUGA